GGAUUUAGAUCAUUCUGGAAGAGUCCAGAAGCUGAGCAGAUUGCUGCGAUGUUCAGGAUCGGUAAGAGACAGCUCUGGAAACAGAGUGUCACCCGCGUUUUAAUGCAAAGGCUGAAGGAAGAGAAGGAAGGCAGGCGGGCGCGUUUGGAUGGCCGGCAUGACUACUUAUUUGCGAUUGUAGCUUCCUGCGUGGACCUGAACAAAACUGCAGUGGAGGACGCCAUUCUUGAAGGGAAUCAGAUUGAAAGAAUCGAUCAGCUUUUUGCUGUUGGAGGUCUUCGUCACCUCAUGUUUUACUAUCAGGAUGUAGAGGUAGCAGAAACAGAACAACUUGACUCUUCUGGAGGAGUAAACCCUGUUUCUGGAAAGAUGAAAAAACCUAAGGUGUUCGUGACCGAGGGAAAAGAUGUUGCUCUGACUGGAAUAUGUGUGUUCUUCAUCAGAACUGACACUUCCAGAGCCAUCACCCCUGAGAACAUACACCGGGAGGUGAGCUUUAAUAUGUUAGAUGCCGCAAACGGAGGCCUGCUCAACAGCGUGAGAUGUUUGCUGUCGGACAUCUUCAUCCCCGCUCUCAGGGCCACGAGCCACGGCUGGGGCGAGCUGGAGGGACUUCUGGAAGCAUCCAGCAUCCGGCAGGAGUUCUUGAGCUCUCUGGAAGGAUUUGUGAGCAUCCUGUCAGGCGCACAGGAGAGCCUGAAGGAGAAGGUGAAUCUUCAAAAGUGUGACAUAUUUGAACUGAAAACCCUGAAGGAACCGAUAGACUACUUGACUCUAGCUAAUAACCCUGAGACUUUGGAAAAAAUAGAAGGCUGUAUGAAAGUGUGGAUCAAACAAACAGAACAGGUCCUCGCUGAAAACAAUCAGCUGCGGAAGGAGGCCGAUGACCUUGGGCCCCGGGCAGAACUGGAGCACUGGAAAAAAAGACUGUCCAAGUUCAACUACCUUUUGGAGCAGCUGAAAGGCCCAGAGGUGAAGGCUGUGUUGGCAGUGCUUGCUGCUGCCAAGUCGAAACUUCUGAAGACUUGGCGGGAGAUGGAUGUUCGAAUCACCGAUGCAGCUAAUGAAGCAAAGGACAAUGUCAAAUAUUUGUACACACUUGAAAAAUGCUGCGAUCCCUUGUACAGCAGUGACCCUGUAUCCAUGAUUGAUGCUAUUCCUACACUUAUAAAUGCAAUUAAAAUGAUCUAUAGUAUCUCUCAUUACUAUAACACCUCUGAGAAAAUCACAUCUCUGUUUGUGAAGGUAACCAAUCAGAUGAUAUCUGCAUGUAAAGCUUACAUUACCAACAAUGGAACCGCUUCCUUGUGGAGUCAGCCGCAGGAUGUUGUUGUGGAAAAAAUAUUAUCUGCAAUUAAACUUAAGCAGGAAUACCAGCACUGCUUCCACAAGACAAAGCAAAAGCUUAAACAAGAUCCAAAUGAAAAACAGUUUGAAUUUAGUGAGAUGUAUAUUUUUGGAAAAUUUGAAACCUUCCAUCGACGGCUUGCCAAGAUAAUAGACAUCUUUACCACCUUUAAGACAUAUUCGGUCCUGCAAGAUUCUAAAAUUGAAGGGCUGGAAGACAUGGUUACUAAAUACCAGGAUAUUGUUGCCACCAUAAAGAAAAAGGAAUAUAAUUUCUUAGACCAGCGGAAAAUGGAUUUUGACCAGGAUUAUGAAGAGUUUUGCAAGCAGACUAAUGACCUUCAUAACGAGUUGCGCAAGUUCAUGGAUGCUACAUUUGAAAAGAUCCCAAACACAAAUCAAGCUCUAAGUAUGUUAAAGAAAUUUGAAAGAUUGAACAUACCCAAUCUUGGUACUGAUGACAAAUACCGGCGUAUCCUUGAAAACUACGGGGCUGACAUUGACAUGAUCUCAAAGCUGUAUACGAAGCAGAAAUGCGACCCUCCUUUGGCCCGAGACCAGCCUCCCAUUGCUGGGAAGAUUCUGUGGGCCCGUCAGCUCUUCCACAGGGUCCAGCAACCAAUGCAGCGUUUCCAGCAGCAUCCAACUGUGCUGCAGACGGUGGAAGCCAAACCCGUGAUUCGAAGCUACAACAGGCUGGCCAGGGUCCUCUUGGAGUUUGAGGUUCUCUACCACCGGGCAUGGCUUCAACAAAAUGAAGACAUUCACAUAGGACUUGAAGCUUCUUUAUUGGUGAAAGCUCCAGGCACAGGGGAGUUGUUUGUAAACUUUGAUCCCCAGAUAUUAACCUUAUUUAGAGAAACAGAAUGCAUGUCACAGAUGGGCCUGGAAGUUUCACCAUUUGCAGCUGCCCUUUUCCAGAAACGGGAUAUAUACAAAAAGAACUUCAGUAACAUGAAGAUGAUGUUGGCUGAAUAUCAGAGAGUGAAGUCAAAAAUGCCUCCCACCCUCGAGCAACUGAUGAUCCCUCACUUGGCUCAAGUGGACAAAGCUCUGCAGCCUGGCCUGGCUGCCCUGACCUGGACAUCACUGAACAUACAGACAUACCUGAAAAACGCUUUUGCGAAGAUCAAGGACCUGGAAUUGCUGCUUGACAGGGUCAAUGAUUGGAUCGAGUUCCGCAUUGACGCCGUUCUGGAAGAAAUGAGUCUCACGCUGCUUUGCCAGCUGCCCCAGGAGGAGCCACUCAGCUGCGAAGAGUUUCUCCAAAUGACCACGGACCUUUGUGUAAAUGGUGCUCAGAUACUACACUGUAAAAGCUCAUUAGUAGAGGAGGCAGUCAAUGAGCUAAUAAAUAUGCUACUGGAUGUGGAAGUUCCAUCUAAAGAAGAAAGCGAAAAAGUAUCCAAUGUGAAUGGUGCUGAUUCAAGAAAUGAAGGUUCAGCAAAAAGAGAAGGAAAUCCCGACUCCCUAACGUCUUCCCUGACUGCCGGGGCCAGUCUCCUGCCUGUGAUGACAAUCACGAGGAAGAAGAAAGAGACUGAGAUGUUAGAGGAAGAAGCCCGCGAACUGCUGUCUCAUUUCAACCACCAAAACGUGGAUGCCCUUCUCAAAGUUACCAGGAACACCCUGGAGGCCAUUCGCAGGCGCAUUCAUGCCUCCAACACGAUUAACUUCCGGGACAGUAACAGUGCAUCUCCGAUGAAGCCCAACAGUCGGCCCAUUUUCCGGGCUGGCGUCACUCUGGUCAUUCCCAACAUCGCCAUGACCCCUGCCCUGGAAGACGUCCAGCAGACGCUGAACAAAGCUGUGGAAUGUGUCAUCAACGUUACCAAGGGGGUUAGACAGUGGAGUGGUGAGCUGUCGCCCACGAAAAAGAUUCAUGAAAGAAAAAGGGCUGCUUUGCAGAACGGUGAGGACAGUGGUUCUGAUGCUGAAGUGGGAGAAAAGGAACCUCAAGAUACCUUUGAGGUAGCGUCUGUAAACUUACCCAUUCCCGUGCAAACCAGGAACUAUUAUAAGAAUGUCUCUGACAACAAAGAAAUUGUAAAGCUAGUCUCUGUGCUUGGCACCAUCAUCAACUCCACCAAAAAGGAAGUUAUCACUGCCAUGGAUUGCUUCAAACGCUACAAUCACAUUUGGCAAAAGGAGAAAGAAGAAACCACUAUGACGUUUAUUCUGAAAAACCCUUUGCUUUCUGAAUUCAAAUCCCAGAUUCUGUAUUUCCAAAACCUACAGCAGGAAAUUAAUGCAGAGCCUGAAUAUAUCUGUGUGGGUGCCAUUGCUCUGUACACAGCCGACUUGAAGUUCACCUUGACUGCUGAGACAAAGGCCUGGAUGGUUGUCAUCGGCCGUCACUGUAACAGAAAAUACAGGAGUGAGAUGGAAACCAUUUUUACGCUUGUUGAAGAAUUCAAUAAGAAACUGAAUCGUCCAAUUAGAGACCUAGAUGAUAUUCGGAUUGCUAUGGCAGCACUGAAGGAACUCAGGGAGCAGCAAAUUCCCAUUGACUUCCAAGUAGGACCUAUCGAGGAAUCCUAUGCCCUCCUGAACAAACACGGGCUUCUGAUAGCGAAGGAAGAGAUGGACAAAGUUGAUACUCUGCGCUAUGCGUGGGAGAAGCUUCUGGCGCGUGCCAGCGAAGUUCAGAAUGAACUAAUCUCACUGCAGCCCGGCUUCAGGAAAGAGCUGAUCAGUACCAUGGAGAUCUUCCUCCAAGAGUGUCGCCACUUCUAUGUGGACUAUGAUUUGAAUGGUCCAAUGGCUAGUGGCUUGAAACCCCAGGAAGCCAGCGAUAAGCUUGUCAUGUUUCAGAAUCAAUUUGAUAAUAUCUACCGAAAAUACAUCACCUAUACUGGGGGAGAGGAGCUUUUUGGUCUGCCAGUUACCCAGUAUCCUCAGCUUCUCGAGAUAAAGAAGCAGCUAAAUCUUCUCCAGAAAAUCUACACUCUUUACAACAGUGUCAUAGAAACGGUGAAUAACUACCAUGACAUCCUGUGGUCAGAAGUGAAUAUUGAAAAAAUCACCAGUGAACUCUUAGAGUUCCAGAACAGGUGUCGGAAACUGCCCCGGGCCUCCAAGGACUGGCAGGCUUUUCUGGAUCUGAAGAGAACCAUUGAGGAUUUCAGCGAGUGUUGCCCACUGCUGGAGCAUAUGGGCAACAAGGCCAUGACAGACAGGCACUGGGAAAGGAUAGCUGCCCUCACCGGGCACAGUCUGGACGUGCGGAACGAAACUUUUAAGUUAAGAAACAUCAUGGAGAUACCUCUGCUGAAAUACAAAGAGGAAAUAGAGGACAUCUGUGUCAGUGCCGUGAAAGAGAGAGACAUUGAGCAAAAGCUGAAGCAAGUGGUUCACGAAUGGGACAACAAGACGCUCACGUUCGGCAGCUUUAAAACCCGCGGGGAGCUCCUCCUCCGAGGGGACAGCACCUCAGAAAUCAUCGCCAACAUGGAGGACAGCUUGAUGUUGCUGGGCUCCCUGCUGAGCAACAGAAAGAUUCUCUGGCUCAGUGUAGGAGGUGGGAUAGAAGGGGGCAUGGAAACCAGUGUCGAAAGCGACUGUAAAAUCUAUGAUCGCAUUUUGUCAGUUUCCUCUCGAGAGGGUGAGACGAUUGAAUUGGAUAAACCUGUGAUGGCAGAGGGCAAUGUGGAAGUUUGGCUUAAUUCUCUCUUGGAGGAAUCUCGGUCCUCAUUACAUCUUGUGAUUCGCCAGGCAGCUGAAAAUAUUCAAGAAACAGGUUUCCAACUGAUUGAAUUUCUUUCUUCCUUCCCUGCUCAGGUUGGAUUAUUAGGAGUUCAAAUGAUAUGGACACGGGAUUCUGAAGAAGCCCUUAGAAAUGCCAAGUUUGAUAAAAAAAUCAUGCAGAAAACCAAUCAGUCUUUCCUGGAGCUGCUGAAUACAUUGAUAGAUAUCACAACCAAGGACCUGAGUUCUAUGGAACGAGUGAAAUAUGAGACUUUGAUCACAAUUCAUGUGCACCAAAGGGAUAUCUUUGAUGACCUGUGUCACAUGCAUAUCAAGAGCCCUACAGACUUUGAGUGGCUGAAACAGUGCAGGUUUUAUUUCAACGAAGAUUCUGACAAGAUGAUGAUUCACAUCACAGAUGUGGCUUUCAUUUACCAGAAUGAAUUUUUAGGCUGCACUGACAGGCUUGUCAUAACUCCGCUCACAGACAGGUGUUACAUCACGUUGGCUCAAGCUCUGGGAAUGAGCAUGGGGGGAGCCCCCGCCGGACCCGCGGGAACAGGCAAAACAGAAACCACGAAAGAUAUGGGGCGAUGUCUUGGGAAAUAUGUUGUGGUUUUCAAUUGUUCGGACCAGAUGGAUUUUCGAGGGCUUGGACGGAUUUUUAAAGGCCUGGCACAGUCUGGAUCCUGGGGUUGUUUUGAUGAAUUUAACCGUAUCGAUCUACCAGUACUCUCAGUGGCAGCCCAGCAAAUUUCCAUUAUUUUGACAUGUAAGAAGGAGCAUAAAAUAUCGUUUAUUUUUACUGAUGGAGAUAAUGUGACUAUGAACCCUGAGUUUGGACUUUUUCUUACCAUGAAUCCUGGCUAUGCUGGGCGGCAAGAACUCCCUGAAAACUUGAAGAUUAACUUCCGCUCUGUGGCCAUGAUGGUCCCCGACCGUCAGAUUAUCAUCAGGGUGAAGUUGGCUAGCUGUGGCUUCAUAGACAACAUUGUUUUGGCCAGGAAGUUUUUCACACUGUACAAGCUAUGUGAGGAGCAGCUUUCUAAGCAGGUACAUUAUGACUUCGGUCUGCGUAACAUUCUGUCAGUCCUGCGAACGCUGGGAUCAGCCAAAAGAACCAACCCCACAGACACGGAGUCCACGAUUGUCAUGCGUGUCCUGCGAGACAUGAAUCUUUCUAAAUUGAUUGAUGAGGAUGAGCCCUUAUUUUUGAGUUUGAUUGAAGACCUCUUCCCAAACAUUCUUCUGGACAAAGCAGGUUACCCCGAACUGGAGGCGGCAAUUAGUAGACAGGUUGAGGAAGCUGGUUUAAUCAACCAUCCUCCUUGGAGACUGAAAGUCAUCCAGCUGUUUGAAACACAGAGAGUUCGGCAUGGAAUGAUGACCCUGGGGCCGAGUGGGGCAGGGAAAACCACUUGCAUCCAUACCUUGAUGAAAGCUAUGACAGAUUGUGGAAAACCACACCGGGAAAUGAGGAUGAAUCCUAAAGCGAUUACGGCCCCACAGAUGUUUGGUCGGCUUGACGUAGCCACGAAUGACUGGACGGACGGGGUAUUUUCUACUCUUUGGAGAAAAACAUUGAAGGCUAAGAAAGGGGAGCAUAUCUGGAUAGUUCUCGAUGGUCCAGUAGAUGCCAUCUGGAUUGAAAACCUGAAUUCCGUUUUGGAUGACAACAAAACUCUCACCCUUGCCAAUGGCGAUCGGAUCCCCAUGGCUCCAAACUGUAAGAUCGUUUUCGAGCCUCAUAAUAUUGACAAUGCUUCGCCUGCUACCGUCUCAAGGAAUGGGAUGGUUUUCAUGAGUUCUUCUAUCCUGGAUUGGAGUCCUAUUCUUGAGAGACAUGGUAAAUGGGUGCACUGGAACAUGUGUACCGAGGAAUAUGAGUAUCCUUCUGAUAGCAUCCCAGAAUAUAGCUCCAUCCUGGUGCCAAACGUUGACAACGUGAGGACUGACUUCCUAAUCAAAACCAUUGCUAAACAGGGGAAGGCUGUGCUGUUAAUUGGUGAACAGGGAACAGCCAAAACGGUCAUCAUCAAAGGAUUCAUGUCAAAAUACGAUCCUGAAAGUCACAUGAUCAAGAGUCUGAACUUUUCUUCUGCAACCACCCCACUAAUGUUUCAGAGGACAAUAGAGAGCUAUGUGGAUAAACGCAUGGGCACAACAUAUGGCCCUCCCGCGGGAAAGAAGAUGACUGUUUUUAUUGAUGACGUGAAUAUGCCAAUAAUCAAUGAGUGGGGAGACCAGGUUACUAAUGAGAUAGUACGACAGCUGAUGGAACAGAAUGGCUUUUACAACCUAGAGAAGCCUGGGGAGUUUACCAGCAUCGUGGACAUCCAGGUUUUGGCAGCUAUGAUCCAUCCUGGGGGUGGGCGCAAUGAUAUACCCCAAAGACUCAAGAGGCAGUUCUCUAUAUUUAACUGCACGUUGCCAUCUGAUGCUUCCAUGGACAAGAUCUUUGGUGUGAUUGGGAUAGGCUACUACUGUGCUCAGAGGGGUUUCUCAAAAGAAGUGAGAGAUUCAGUGAGGAAACUGGUCCCGCUCACGCGCCGACUGUGGCAGGUGACUAAGGCUAAAAUGCUCCCCACUCCUGCGAAAUUCCAUUACGUGUUUAAUCUUCGAGAUCUUUCUAGGAUCUGGCAGGGGAUGCUGAAGACGACUUCGGAGGUCAUCAAGAAACCAGACGAACUCUUAAGGCUGUGGAAGCAUGAAUGUAAACGUGUGAUAGCUGAUCGGUUCACUGUGUCCGAUGAUGUGACCUGGUUUGAUAAGGCUUUAGUAAGUUUGGUGGAAGAGGAGUUUGGAGAUGAGAAAAAACCCUUGGUGGAUUGUGGAGUUGACGCUUAUUUCGUGGAUUUCUUGAGAGAUGCACCUGAAGCUACAGGUGAAACCUCUGAGGAGGCUGAUGGUGAGAUGCCCAAAGUUUAUGAGUCAGUUCAAUCUUUUGAUCACCUGAAGGAGCGUUUGAAUAUGUUCCUGCAGCUCUAUAACGAGAGCAUCCGUGGUGCUGGCAUGGAUUUGGUCUUCUUUGUGGAUGCGAUGGUCCACUUAGUCAAGAUCUCACGUAUCAUUCGUACUCCCCGGGGAAAUGCCCUCCUGGUUGGGGUGGGCGGAUCAGGGAAGCAGAGCCUGACGAGGCUGGCUUCGUUCAUCGCUGGCUAUACUUCCUUCCAGAUCACUCUGACAAGAUCCUACAACACAUCAAAUCUGAUGGAAGACCUGAAAAUUUUGUAUAAGACGGCCGGUCAGCAAGGCAAAGGAAUCACUUUUAUUUUCACAGACAAUGAGAUUAAAGAUGAGGCAUUUCUGGAAUAUAUGAAUAAUGUCUUAUCAUCGGGUGAGGUCUCCAGCCUGUUUGCUCGUGAUGAAAUGGAUGAAAUCAAUAGUGAGCUCAUGCCAGUCAUGAAGAAAGAGCACCCCAGGCGCCCUCCGACCAAUGAGAACCUGCACGACUACUUCAUGAGUCGGGUCCGGCAGCAUCUUCACACGGUGCUCUGCUUUUCACCAGUGGGGGAGAAAUUUCGAAAUCGAGCUCUGAAGUUCCCCGCCCUGAUUUCAGGAUGUACUAUUGACUGGUUCAGCCGAUGGCCUAAGGAUGCCCUAGUUGCUGCUUUUGCUGAGAAGUUACCUGUGGAUAUUUUAAGUGAUAAAGAUACUGAGCAAUUCCCAAAAGACACAAUCAAUGAAGAAGUGAUAGAAUUUUUGAAUCCUUACUUUGAAAUGGCAGACUACAACAUCGAAACUGCUAAACGCGUGUGUGGGAAUGUAGCCGGCCUUUGUUCCUGGACCAAAGCCAUGGCUUCCUUCUUUUCUAUAAACAGAGAGGUGUUGCCUCUGAAGACCAUCAAGCCUUCGGACAUCGCUACUGUCCGAACACUGGGCCGUCCCCCGCACCUCAUCAUGAGAAUCAUGGAUUGUGUGCUGCUGCUGUUUCAGAGGAAAGUCAACGCAGUGAAAAUUGACCUGGAAAAAAGCUGUACAAUUCCUUCCUGGCAGGAGUCUUUAAAACUGAUGACUGCAGGGAACUUUUUACAGAAUUUACAGUGGCCAAUUUCAAGCUCCAAAAAUGAUGUUGCUGAAUGUGGACUUUGGAAGAGUUAUACAGUAGCAUGCCAUUACAUGAGUAUAGUACUUCUACCAUAUAGAAUGAAUACUGGAUUGAAAAAGCUGAAAGAAGCUUCGGAGUCUGUCGCAGCCCUGAGCAAAGAACUGGAAGUGAAAGAAAAGGAGCUACAAGUGGCCAAUGAUAAAGCCGACAUGUUCUUAAAGGAAGUGACAAUGAAGGCACAGGCUGCUGAAAAAGUCAAGGCUGAGGUACAGAAGGUGAAGGACAAAGCACAAGCCAUUGUAGAUGGCAUCUCUAAAGAUAAAGCCAUUGCUGAAGAGAAACUGGAAGCAGCCCAACCAGCUUUAGAGGAAGCGGAAGCAGCCCUGCAGGCUAACUUGGUGGUGCAGGAGAAUCGCCACGUGUUGGCCAUGCAGGAUCUCCAGAAGGCCCAGGAAGAGCUGGAUGCCAAGCAAACAGAGCUGGAUGUGGUGCAGGCUGAGUACGAACAGGCCAUGAGUGAAAAGCAGACUUUGCUUGAGGAUGCAGAGCGAUGCAGGUUUAAUAUGUGUACAAUUACAAGGUUGAUCAUAAAGAACUUCGGUUGUGUUUUAUUUUCCUUUUCAGGGGAUGUAUUGUUGGCCACGGCUUUUCUGUCUUAUUCUGGUCCAUUUAACCAAGAAUUUCGCAAUCUGCUGUUAAAUGACUGGCAGAAGGAAAUGAAAGCCCGGAAAAUUCCAUUUGGGGACAGUCUAAAUCUCACCGAGAUGUUGAUUGAUGCUCCUACAAUUAGUGAAUGGAACCUCCAAGGCCUGCCAAAUGAUGACCUGUCCAUUCAGAAUGGGAUUAUUGUCACAAAGGCAUCCCGCUAUCCUUUGUUAAUAGAUCCACAGACUCAAGGCAAGAUCUGGAUUAAAAAUAAAGAAAGCCAAAAUGAACUCCAGAUCACAUCUCUAAAUCACAAAUACUUCAGAAACCACCUUGAGGACAGUCUUUCUCUUGGAAGGCCCUUGCUGAUCGAAGAUGUUGGGCAGGAAUUAGAUCCAGCUCUGGAUAAUGUUUUGGAGAGAAACUUCAUUAAGACUGGGUCUACCUUUAAGGUGAAAGUUGGUGAUAAGGAAGAAUUGGAGAAAGAAAGAACUCAUCUCAUGGAAGAUGUAACUGCAAACAAAAGGAGGAUGAAAGAGCUGGAAGAUAAUUUGCUUUACCGUCUGACGAGUACCCAGGGGUCCCUGGUGGAAGAGGAGGGUCUCAUCGUUGUGCUGAGUAACACAAAAAAGACAGCCGAGGAGGUGACACAGAAGCUGGAAAUUUCUGCCGAGACGGAAAUUCAAAUUAACUCAGCCCGGGAGGAAUAUAGGCCUGUCGCUACCCGGGGCAGCAUCCUCUACUUCCUUGUCACCGAGAUGCGCCUGGUGAAUGAGAUGUAUCAGACUUCGCUCCGCCAGUUUCUCGGCUUGUUUGACCUUUCCUUAGCCAGGUCCGUCAAGAGCCCAAUUACAAGUAAGAGGAUUGCUAAUAUCAUUGAACACAUGACCUACGAGGUCUAUAAGUACGCUGCCCGAGGGCUGUAUGAAGAGCACAAAUUCCUGUUCACCUUGCUGCUUACCCUGAAGAUCGACCUCCAGAGGAACCGGCUCAAGCAUGAAGAGUUCCUCACGCUUAUUAAAGGUGGUGCCUCAUUGGACCUUAAAGCAUGUCCUCCUAAACCAUCUAAAUGGAUCCUGGACAUGACCUGGCUGAAUUUGGUGGAACUCAGCAAGCUUAGACAGUUUUCAGAUGUCCUUGAUCAGAUAUCAAGAAAUGAGAAAAUGUGGAAAAUAUGGUUUGAUAAGGAAAAUCCUGAGGAGGAACCUCUUCCAAAUGCCUAUGAUAAAUCUCUUGACUGCUUUAGGCGCCUUCUUCUUAUCAGAUCCUGGUGUCCAGACAGAACCAUGGCCCAGGCCCGCAAGUACAUCAAGGACUCCAUGGGAGAAAGCUAUGUCGAAGGGGUCAUCCUGGACUUGGAAAGGACGUGGGAGGAGUCUGAUCCACGGACACCACUCAUCUGUCUCCUGUCUAUGGGCUCCGAUCCCACGGACUCCAUCAUCGCCUUGGGGAAGAGAUUGAAGAUAGAAACCCGCUACGUGUCCAUGGGCCAGGGUCAGGAGGUCCACGCUCGCAAGCUCCUGCAGCAGACCAUGGCGAACGGAGGAUGGGUACUUCUGCAGAACUGCCACCUGGGACUGGAUUUCAUGGAUGAGCUAAUGGACAUAAUUGUAGAAACCGAGAUGGUACAUGAUGCUUUCCGCCUGUGGGUGACCACUGAGGCGCAUAAGCAGUUCCCCAUUACACUCCUUCAGAUGUCCAUUAAAUUCACCAAUGAGCCUCCACAGGGCCUCCGGGCAGGACUGAAAAGAACAUAUGGUGGUGUGAGCCAGGACCUGCUGGACAUGAGCACGCUGGUCCAGUGGAAGCCCAUGCUGUACGCAGUGGCUUUCCUGCACUCCACGGUCCAGGAGAGGCGGAAGUUUGGUCCCCUGGGGUGGAACAUCCCAUACGAAUUUAACCAAGCGGACUUCAAUGCCACAGUGCAGUUCAUCCAAAACCACUUAGAUGACAUGGAUAUUAAAAAGGGCGUCUCCUGGACCACCGUUCGCUACAUGAUAGGCGAGAUUCAAUAUGGAGGCAGAGUCACUGAUGACUACGAUAAGAGAUUGUUGAACACAUUUGCUAAGGUUUGGUUCAGUGAAAAUAUGUUCGGGUCAGAUUUCAGCUUUUACCAAGGAUACAAUAUUCCAAAAUGCAGCACCGUGGAUAACUAUCUUCAUUAUAUCCAGAGCUUGCCCACCUAUGACAGCCCCGAGGUGUUUGGGCUGCACCCCAAUGCCGACAUCACCUACCAGAGCAAGCUGGCCAAGGAUGUGUUGGACAUCAUCCUGGGCAUCCAACCCAAGGACAGCUCUGGAGGCGGGGAUGAGACCCGGGAGGCUGUGGUGGCCCGGCUGGCUGAUGAUAUGCUGGAAAAGCUACCCCCAGACUACAGCCCAUUUGAAGUCAAAGAGAGGCUGCAAAAGAUGGGGCCUUUCCAGCCGAUGAAUAUUUUCCUCAGGCAGGAGAUAGACAGAAUGCAGAGGGUCCUCACCUUGGUCCGAAGCACCCUGACCGAGCUAAAGCUGGCCAUCGAUGGCACCAUCAUCAUGAGUGAAAAUCUUCGGGAUGCAUUGAAUUGCAUGUUUGAUGCCAGGAUUCCUGCUCGGUGGAAAAAAGCAUCAUGGGUUUCGAGUACAUUGGGCUUCUGGUUUACUGAACUUAUAGAAAGAAACUGCCAGUUUACGUCUUGGGUUUUCAAUGGCCGACCCCAUUGCUUCUGGAUGACAGGCUUUUUUAACCCUCAAGGAUUUUUAACUGCGAUGCGACAGGAGAUAACUCGGGCCAACAAAGGCUGUGCUCUGGACAAUAUGGUGCUUUGCAAUGAAGUCACCAAGUGGAUGAAGGAUGAUAUUUCUGCCCCUCCCACAGAGGGCGUCUACGUCUAUGGCUUAUAUCUUGAAGGUGCUGGCUGGGACAAGAGGAACAUGAAACUCAUUGAGUCUAAACCAAAAGUGCUCUUUGAGUUGAUGCCUGUCAUAAGGAUUUAUGCAGAAAACAACACUCUAAGAGAUCCUCGGUUUUACUCCUGCCCCAUCUACAAGAAGCCGGUCCGAACAGACUUGAACUACAUCGCCGAUGUGGACCUCAGGACGGCCCAGGACCCUGACCACUGGGUGCUUCGUGGGGUCGCCCUUCUCUGUGAUGUCAAGUAACAUGGGGCCUGUCCCCCACCCAAGACUUCAGAAAAUGCAGGAUCCAAACUAUCAUAACCUUUAUUCUUCUAUGAGCGCUGAACAGUGUGUAAAUUCCAUUGCUCAUAAUUCAUAAACUGCAUAGAUUUUCCCUAAUCCUUAGUCCGAUGCUCAUUUAUAUUUAGCCUGUUUCACCAUUAAUGAUCAAUCACUGUGUUUGUUGAAAAGUCACUUGGUGAUUUAAAAGUAAACUGUACAACUUCUAAUGACAUGUGGCCCCCAAAUCCACAGUAGUACAUUUUCUUCUUUACCCAACUCUAAAGACUGACCAGGUUAAGCAGACGAUAGUUCCCUUCAAGAAUUAUUCUUUUGUUAAUGUGUUUCUGGUGACAGCCCAGUUUGUAAAGACAACAAGUUUGUGCCGAGUUUGCUUUUAUUGACUUUUUGCGUUUAGGUCAGGUUAAGAGAUUUGUGUCCAUGGCUCAAGCAGCCAAUUAAAGAGACUUUUAAAAAAAAUGGAAGGAAAUAGGAGAAUAGGAUAAGAAUGUGAAUGGAUGUAUAGACAAUUUGUGUUAUCCUAUAAACAUAGAGAAUAAUGUUCAAUCCCACUCAUAAUUAAUAAUGACAUACUAAUUAAUAUCUGUUGUAAGAAAAAAAAUUAAAGCCAAAAGAAAAUUGUGGUGAGGUCUUUGUAAAAAUGAUUCACUCACAGAUUCCUAGAGCAAUGUAAACCGACCCAUCCUUUUUAUAAAAAGAUUAAAUAAGCACAGAAAGAGCCAUAAAAGGAUUCACAUGCUUUGAUCCUUAUUUUCUCUCUAGGAAAUCUAUAUGUACCAUGGAAACCAUUUAAAAAGCUGAAGAGUUAUAUAUAAAAAUACAUUUAGUAACAGAAAGAAACAAAGAAAUGUUCUGAAUGUCCAAUAAUAAGGCUCUGCUUAAGGAAGUUAGGAGAUAUUAGGCAGCCAUGAAAAUAAUAUUUAAAUUUUACAAUGUGGAAAUGGUAAGCACAUGCUAUUAAUUGAAAGUUAUAGUUAAUAAAAUACUGCAUACUGUGUAUAACCAUAAAAUGUAAUUGCAUGUGCAGAAAGAUGAGAUGAUAAUAUGGAAAAAUAAAAACAGGUGUGAUAACAUGGUACCGGUUUCAGUGAACUUGAAAAAAAUUUAAUGAGUGGAAGAAAAUAUAGGGAAAGAAAUAAAGGCUUAGGUGAUUCAUGGGGACUCACAUGGGCUCUCAUUAAUUUAGAAAAUACGAUCUAAGGAACUUUUCCUAUAUUUUUAUUUUAAAUUCUAGUUAGAAAGUAUAACCUGUUUCAUCUAUAAUCUAUUGACUAGAAAACUCGGUCAGUAUUAAAUUAGAAUUGUGGUUUACAAAUGUUUGGUUGACUUUAGAUCAGCAUAACUUGCUUCUGGUGAUAAAAGGUUUCAUAGGGAGGCAGGGUUACAAGGACACAGGUGUGGGUCUCUCUCACUAGGCUUUGCUGUGUGACAAGUAUCACCUUAUGCUAAUUAUGAUGAAAAUUUGGCCUGAGUGAUUGACAUGACUCACAUUCAUCUUGGAUAAUGCUGUUUUUAUUUGAGCAGCUUCUGAAUUAAUAUAUCAGUUGAUUUGUGUGGAUUGAGGUAAGAUCAUUAUUUUGAAGAACAUGCAAGGAACACGUGAAAAUGAUGUCAAUCAAUAAAAAGUUGUUCAAGAAUGUUCUUAAUCGUGAUUGCUAUUUAUCAGAAAGGGGAUGGGCGCCAUCGAAUACCCAGAAAUUAAGUUUUCAAAACGCGAUUUUAUAUCAAAUAACUUGAAAAUGUGUACUUUAUGUAAUUUUGGGAUAUACCCCUGUUGGCAUAUAUGUAAUGAGUUUUGGAGACCCAAAGUAGAAAAGGACAACAUGAAAAUGACUAGAAAUUUGUAGGAAUGUUUCAGCAAGGAAUGUCUGUGAAGCAGUGAAGAGCCAAUGAGGGAGGCUUCACCUCCACCUCCAAUGCCCCAGCUCCCACCCACUGAAGGGUGCUCUGUAUUCUACUGACUCAGGGAGCAAGUGAGGACCCACUGAUUGAAACUUCCAGCUGAUGGAGAGAGCUCUGCUGGCUGCUUGGUAUGCGAAAAAUAUUGUGAAGGUGGUGGUGCUACUGCAGAGUGAUAGAUCCGUCUUUUUCAUCUGUCUAUUGAUUUAUUAAAAAUUAUUGAUUUUGCACCUGCUGUGUGUCAGACACUGAUGCACUGGUGGGAUGAUGGUGGGAAAAAACUGUCACAGUCUCUGAUUUCAUGGAAUUUACAUAAGAGGAAUAGACACAGAAAAUAAGCAAUUACUCAGGUAUGUAAUUUUAUGUUAUCUCAAUUAUGAUUGUGUAACAUCACACAUGUG